CUUUUCAUCGAGCUGUUCGGCAGGUUCUUUCAGGGCGGAGUCUUCAAUCACACCAUUCUUCGUUUAAUGCUUGCAUUAAGGCUGCGCCAUCGGAUUUCACUUUUGUCGUCUUUCACCGUUUGUCCUGGAGUUUAGAAACUGACUGAUUUCGACUUUGAUUGACGUUUACUCCCAUCUCUGUAUUUGUCUUUUGUCUUCUGUUUGUGAUGAACAAAAACCCUUGAAUCUUGAAUCUACAGAGAGAUCGUUGUGACAGCAGUCAUGAAUUUUAUAAAGUGGAUGCUGAACAGCCCUCGACGACUCUGUGUGAUUAUCUUAUUUCUCUUCACUUUUUUUUCUUACUUCAUAUUUAUAAAAUUUCCACCGUAUUUUCAGCACCUCUUUCACCAAGAAACACACGCCGGCAGCCCCCAAGGAUUCACUUUGUCAGUUUAUUUUCAUGAAAGCAGUAAAGCAGCAGGGAACGUCACUGGAGAUGUGAUUCGGAUUAUGGCUGUCGUGAGCACAGACACACACAAGGAAUACCACUGCCAUGUUGAGUGUGACGGCCAUGUGGUCUCCACAGAAGCACAUCCUGAAGUCCACUCCACGGUUUAUGACUUCCCUUACAGGCUGGUGGACCUCCUGUGCCCAAACCCAUGUGGAUUGGCCGGUGCUUUGACUAAAGUGACUGUGAAUACACACAAUGACCAGGGGCUCUCAAUGUCUGCCAUUCAAGCUCCUACUGCCCAUGAGGGGGAGCCUCAGCGUGACUUCACUGCCUGCAUUUCAGUCUUUAGCAAUUACAGCAGAGCACAUCUCGUCCAGCUUGUCCACAUGUAUCAACUGCUGGGGGCUAAAAAAGUCUUCAUUUACACAAACAGUGGCACCACAAAGGCACAGGAGGUGCUGGCUCAGUUCACUAUGGAGGGCUGUGUGGAAGUCAUCGACUGGAGAGUUAGUCGUUUUUUCAGUGAAUCCAACUGGGAGGAUUUCCUAAACGAUAUUCAGGUUGCUGCUUGGAGAGACUGCAUUUAUAGAAACUCGGGCACCAGCCAGAAGCUGGCACUGUCCACCUCAGGGCAAACCAACUUUUACAGUACAAGCAACACCUGGGCAGGACUUCUGCAGUUCUUUGUGAAGGAGAACUUCACUGUCGGCUACCUGGAGGUGCAGGACUGUCACAAAUCCAUACUCUCCUCUUCAGAUGUUGGAGAAGAACAAGAAAAUACAGAAAGACGACAAGCAAAGUGUGGCCACCCAUCCAGCAGGAAAGCACUAGGAGUGGACACCACCUUCUUUUACAUCUCUCUGGCCAAGGAUUCUAAUGUUGGGGAAUGGCCUUCUUUCGUGGCACAGUGCUUUGUGAAGGAGCCUCCUCAAGGGCAAGUGGCUGUUGUCAGGAUGAGAAUUCAAGAGAAAGAGAAUGCCCCUCCAUUGGUCACUCCUGUGAAUGGCACCCAAGCUUUUGUCAUUUCUGCAUUUUAUGAUGACCGACAGCAGCAGGACGUCAUUCGAAUCCUAGGAAUUGUUAAGCGAGAUCAGUAUGAGAAGAUGAAAACAACAUUGUAUUGCCACGUCCAGUGUGAAAGCGCCCUUCACGUUGGGCCUGUCAAGGUGGAAAUUCAUAGUGAGCACUUUGAUUUUCCAUACGGAGCCACAACAUUCCUCUGCAAAAACCCAUGUGGGUCAACGGCAAUGUCCAGUGUGACUGUGAGUACAAGCAUGGAUAGCAGACCACCAGGAGUCGCUUUGAAAAUUCAGAACACUAAAGAAUCUCGACCUGCCAAGCUCCAGCAGGACUUCACUGUGUGCCUUUCCACGAUGUUCAACUUCAGUAAUGUCCUGCAGCUCAUUCAAUCUCUGGAGAUGUACCGACUGCUGGGGGCCGGCAAGGUGGUCAUCUACAAAACGAACUGCUCUGACCAGGUUCAGGAGGUGCUGGACUACUAUACCAAAGAAGGGUUUGUGCAAGUGCUUAAUUGGACGAUAAAUUUGUACCUUAACCCAUCCACAGGCUGGCUCUUUCCCAACCACUUAGGAGAUUUGCACUAUCACGGCCAGAUCGCCGUACUGAAUGACUGCCUGUACAGGAACAUGUACUCCAGCAGAUACUUGGUUUUUAUUGACCAGGAUGAGGUCAUUCUACCCUAUAAACACGGGAACUGGAGAGACCUGAUGGACUACCUAACAAAGGCAACUAGAGCCAACAUCUUCUGGUUCACCAACACUGUCUUUCCAGCUGAUUCUCCUGCUAAGGACCCCUCAACCCUACAAUGGAAUGACAUUAGUGGAAUAAACAUUUUAGAGCAUGUAAGAAGAGAGACGAAAGUUAGGAGGACAGAGGCAAAAAAAAUGAUUAUAGAUCCCAGAAUUGCCUACAAAAUAUCAGUACACUAUCCACUGGAGAAUUUUGGAGUAAGACAUGAGGUGAAUGAACAGGUUGCCUUAUUGUACCACUGUAAAGAGUACGCGGAAAUUACAGAACAAGCAUAUGACCCAAGGAUCUCACAUUAUGAAGCUCCACUGAGUAUAAAUGUGAACAAAGUGCUGAGCAAAACUGUAAGAAGAUCUUACCCUCUUCUGGUCACACCUAUAGACGACAUUGACGUCUUCAUUGUUUCAGCCUUUUAUGAUGGUAGAACAUUAAAUGAGUUGCCAUCGGACGUGAUCCGUAUUAUUGGAAUUGUAAAACGGGAGCUGUUUGAAAACCAGCACAGGACACUUCAUUGUCACAUCAAGUGUGAGAGUGCUGUUCAUCACCGUUACGUUCAUGUUCACCUCCAUGAUGAUCACCAUGAAUUUGCUUAUGGUACAGCAGACCUCCUCUGCCAGAACCCAUGUGGAUCUGCAGCAUUGACCCAAGUGGCUGUGAGUACCAAUGAUGUAAGAAUCUUGUCUGAAAUCUCUCUGAAUGUUUGUAAUUCCAAAAUUACUCAAACUACUGGUCCCCAAAGGGACUUCACCGUGUGUAUUUCAGCAAUGGCUGGUAAUUAUGACAAUGUCCUGCAGCUCGUCCAGUCCAUUGAGAUGUACCGCCUACUGGGGGCUGAGAAGGUCUUCAUAUACAAAACUAACUGCUCUGCUGAGGUUCAGAAGGCGCUGGAUUACUACACCGCAGACGGGUUCUUGGUAGUCUUCAACUGGACUGUGGAUUCCUACGUUAAAGCAUCUGAAAUAUUUAAUCAUGGCCAGAACACGGCCCUCCAUGAUUGUCUCUACAGAAACAUGUACACCAGCAGGUACCUGGUUAUAAAUGAUAUUGGGGAAAUAAUUCUUCCGUAUAGACAUGACUCUUGGAAGGAUCUGCUCGACUCCCUCAGGAGUGAGAACCCCAGGCUGGGAAUUUUUAUGUUCUCAAGUUCCAUCUUUCACCCCAUCACUGAUCCGAAGAUCUCCGGUGAAUUGGAACGUGAAAAUACAACUGGAGCGAAUGAGGUAGGAUGGUCAAAGUCUAAGAAGAUCAUUUUAGACCCACGCCUGGUGCGAGAGGUGCUUAUUUCAGAAUUAAUGGGACGGGUAGAGGAGGUGAAGGAGGUUAGUAAAGAUGAUGCUGUGCUGUUUCACCUUGAGGAUCACAGUGUCGGUCCAACAGGAAAAUAUGAACAGAGAAUACUAAAAUUUGGAUCGAAACUGGACGAGAAUGUGAAUGCAGUGCUGAGAGAAACAUUAAGAUGAGCUUCUUGUAAUGAUGCAUUUAAGACAAUGACAUGAGAAACACAGACCCAACUUCCAUCUUUCAUCAGACUUGACAUAUGCUUGUAUUGCACCGUUUACUGAGGAAACAUCACAAGGCACUUUAUAUUCAAGACAAGAUCAUGAAAAGACCACACACGAGUAAAGGAGGGGCUGGUGUAUGGGAGCCAAACCUCCAGACUGCACAAAUGGCCAAUUGGACUCAUUAGAACUUGUAUUGUCCUCCAUGGAAAUGGGGAAGUGUGUGUGCAGCAAAGAAGAUGCUCUUGUCUUAUUUAACAAACAUGAAAGCCAUUCAGCUCCAAGUGCCAACUGUCAAGAAAACUGACCACUGAAAGUCCGGCCAAAGAACCGUAUCAGGUCAGAAACGGCCCAGAGGAAUUCAAACAUCAAAAAAUGAAAAAUUCAGAAAUCAAGGACAGGAUGGUUAGUCUGGAAAUAAAUCUUAAAAAAGCAAACAAUGGGCUGAACUCAAGGAUAAGAUGAUCAGCCGAAACUACAAACAGUCAAUUCCUCGUUAAAGUGCUGCAUAAGAAACUGAACUUUAAAAACGUUUCAAAUUUGAAGUUGGACUUUUAAAAUUAUUUUUUAACAGUUUUUAUUACUCAGGUAUUCCACUUUGAGCUGCUUGGGCAACUGAAUGUUUGAAAUAAUUAAAUGACUAAUCAUAAUAAUGUGUUUAAAUAAUAUUUGUGAACCUUAUGACAAAUGGAAGGAAAAUAGAAUAAGAAAUGAGGAAAUAUUAUUAAUGCAAAGAAAAUAAUACUUUAAUCCUAUGUGAUAUGGAUCGAGAGAUUAGUUAGAGAAGUAUUACACCAUCCUAGCAGGGAAAGUCGUGGUGUGCUGCCGGGAAACUGACUGGUGAAUGUUUACUAAGCUAACCGUUAAACGAAACCAAAGUGAAAUAAAAAUAAAUCUUAAUAAGCUAUCGAAGUCGAAGAAACAGUAGAUGGUCAAGCUGAAUGAAACACGUUGCUUGGUUCUGAGCUCUUCACUUGUGACGAUCAAUUUUUUCCCCUUGUCCUGUCACACAGUCCUCCCAGAAUAAUGCUUCCCCAGUUCUGUUCACCUCUUUCGUAAGUCGUUUUGUAUGAAAGUAUCCUGCUAAGCAAAUAAAUGUUAAUGAAAUGUGAUGGGGCAUGGGCCCCCCUUGUAGGUGUUAUAAAUAAGAGAUGUUAAUGUGGUCUGAACUGACAAUACACAGCACCAGAGCACUACUGGUACUCACAAGGCAAGAAGGGGUAAAUGUCAGUACAGAGGAGCAGGACGCACACCGGCCCACUUCAGGCACUGACUUUACUGGACCUCCCAUCCAAAUAGGGCUUUAUAAAGUAGGAGUCUCCAGACAACAUUUGAGCAGAUAUUCUAAAAAAAAAAAAAAAAAAAAAAACCCAUCCAAUAAGACUUGAAAGAAAUAUUAAUCAUCUUGAGGAUGAGAAGGAAGGUGUAGAUCUCUGGCAUGGCUGCUGUAUUA